GGGGGGGGUUACUCAACAAGCCCAUCUUUUAUCCCCUCCUGCUCAUACUGUUGUUGUUUUACUGUUAAAAACUGUAGUUUUAUACAACAGCCACUUUCCUCAGCAACUAGUUCCCCGAUCAAUAUUUUCAUUGCCCGUGUAUUUUGCAGUUACCUCAUAGAAUGACUGUUUUUUAUCAUGUGGAGGUUUAAUUUAAGUCUCUCUGUUUUUAACCAAAUAUUAUGUUUGUCUUUGGCAGGCGAGAGACCAGACUCUCACUCUGACAGUGGAAAGGGUCCUUCAGGGGAACGAGACCCAGAGACGCCCAAACCAGCGAGACCACACCACUGCUCCCAGUGUAAUAAGAGUUUUAAGUGGUUAUGUAAGCUGAAAAAGCAUGAGAAAAUACACACAGGGGAGAAGCCUUUCCAAUGCUCCCAGUGUGGAAAGAGUUUUACCCAGUUAGGGACCCUGAAAAGGCACGAGAGAAUACACACAGGAGAGAAGCCUUURCAAUGCUCCCAGUGUGGAAAGGGUUUUACACGGUUAGGGAACCUGAAAAAGCAUGAGGGAACACACACAGGAGAGAACCCCUUACAAUGCUCUCAGUGUGGAAAAGGUUUUACCAAGUUAGGGAACCUGAAGGAGCAUGAAAGGACACACACGGGGGAGAACUCUUACCAUUGCUCUUUGUGUGGGAAGGAUUUUACCAAGUUAGGGAGCCUAAAAGUACAUAAAAGAAUACACACGGGAGAGAAACCUUUCCAAUGUUCCCAGUGUGGAAAAGGUUUUACACGGUUAGGGCAUCUGAAGGAACAUAAAAGAAUACACACAGGAGAGAAACCUUUCCAAUGCUCCCAGUGUGGAAAAGGUUUUACCCUAUUAGGGAACCUGAAUAUGCAUGAAAAAACACACACAGGAGAAAAGCCUUUCCAAUGRUCCCAGUGUGGAAAGAGCUUUACACAGUUAGGGAACCUGAAGGAGCAUGAAAAGACACAUACAGGGGAGACAUCUUWCCAUUGCUCUCUGUGUGGAAAGGAUUUUACACGGUUAGGGAACCUGAAAAGGCAUGAGAGAUUACACACACUCUUUCCAAUGCGCCCAGUGAGGAACAGGAGUUGGAACCGGUUCAGGGAACAGAACCUAAAACUGGAAAAGAGCAAAACAUUUGAGAAACAGAACCGAUAACGAAAGUGAUCUCCACUGUUCAAGAACAGAACCGUUAUUUUGAAAGCUUGAGAACCUGGUUAAUGUUAUUUUCAAGUAAUUGCCUAGUGGAAAUCUAACUUUUCAAAGUUCAUAUUCUGUUAAAGCCAUACCCAAAUAAUGUCUACUCAUAUUUUAUACACCUGUGAGAAAAGGGUGUAGCUGAAAUAGCAAAAUCCACUCAUUUGAAGUGGUGUCCACAUACUGUUGACCAUGCGGUGUACCUCAUCAAUGUUCCCAUUAGUAUUAUUCCACCAUGUUAGAGAGAACACAGGUGCUGAUUGUAAAACACAUUUGAUUAAUGCAAACAUUUUUUUCUGAAUAAAAAUAAAAUGUGGAACGCCACUA